GAGGAGGAAGAAGAAGGCGGGGGCGUCACGCGUGUGUGUGUGUGCACACACUUCAGACGGUCUCCCGUUCCCUUAUUGGCUCCCCCACACGUUUUGGGGAGGGUCCGCCUAACCACCUGCGCGCAUCUUUAGGGGCUCUUCGUCCAGGUACCAGCUACUGACGAUGUCGGCAGAAGGCCCUGACUCUCACAUGGCGGAGGUGAAACCUUUAGUGGACAAGGAGGAGGGGAUCACACACCUUAUCCCUGAUUUUGAUGUUCAGGAACAAGAUGUGGAAACGGUACAUGGCUCCGUGCAUGUCACCAUGUGCGGAACUCUGCGGGGCAACAGGCCUGCCAUCCUAACGUACCAUGAUAUCGGAUUGAAUCACAAAACCUGCUUCAACCCCCUCUUCAAUUUUGAAGAUAUGCAGGAGAUCACACAGCAUUUUGCAGUUUGCCACGUGGAUGCCCCUGGUCAGCAAGAUGGUGCAGCUUCUUUUCCACCUGGGUACAUGUACCCUUCCAUGGAUCAGCUGGCAGAAAUGCUACCAGGAAUUCUGAAACAGUUUGGACUGAAGAGUGUGAUUGGAAUGGGAACUGGAGCAGGUGCCUACAUCUUAACAAGAUUUGCUCUUAACCAUCCUGAUAUGGUGGAAGGACUUGUUCUCAUUAAUGUCAACCCAUGUGCUGAAGGAUGGAUGGACUGGGCAGCCACUAAGAUUUCUGGAUGGGCUCAUGCUUUGCCUGAUAUGGUUAUCUCCCAUCUCUUUAGCAAAGAUGAGAUCCACAGCAGCCAAGAUUUGAUCCAUACCUACCGUCAACACAUCCUCAAUGACAUGAAUCAAAACAAUCUGCAUCUCUUUGUCAACUCUUACAACAGCCGAAGAGAUCUAGACAUUGAGCGGCCUGUACCUGGAACAAGUGUGGUUACUCUACAGUGCCCUGCCCUGCUGGUGGUUGGCGAUAGCUCUCCUGCAGUUGAUGCUGUGGUUGACUGCAAUGCGAAACUCGAUCCAACGAAGACCACCCUCUUAAAGAUGGCUGAUUGUGGUGGUCUCCCUCAGGUUUCUCAGCCUGCAAAACUUGCUGAAGCUUUCAAAUACUUUAUCCAGGGAAUGGGAUACAUGCCUUCCGCAAGCAUGACAAGACUCAUGAGAUCCCGCACAGCAUCUGGUUCCAGCGUCGCAUCCCUGGAAGGGAACAGGAGCAGAUCUCACACCGGGGAAGGGUCCCGGAGCCGGUCCCACACCGGGGAAGGAUCCCGGAGCCGGUCCCACACCAGUGAAGCCAUCAGGAACCGUGCUCACGCAGACACCCGCAUUGAGCUCACUCCUAAUUCGGCGAACAAUGCCGAGCAAUCCAGCCCAAAGUCCAUGGAGGUUUCUUGUUAAACCAAACAGGCCUGAGUCUGGAUCCCACUUCUGUACCACAAUAUUAAAUCUAAAAUGUUUUCUGUAACACACUGCUCAGUCCCCCCUACGCAGAGUUCGGCCAGGACCAAUAAAGCAGACAUUUCGGUUGCUUUGUUCCCUUUAACAGAGACUGCUGCUCUUCUUUCUUCAAACUAAUUCUAGAUUACUUUAAAACAUCUCCCUACAAUAGAGCUAACAGCGCUUGCAAAUGCCAAGGCCAGAGGACAUAAACCACCUAGGAUCUGACUCAGAAAUAAAAAUCUUCAAAGCACAUAUUCCAUCUCCGGCCCUAAAUUUUCCCCUUUAAAAAAAAGAAAUCCCCAUUUUUAUUUCAGAGCUUUUUUUUGGAAAAAGCCAAGGAAGAUGGGAGGCUUUUUUUAGGAGGAAAACUACAGCCUUGCUUAAGCCUGGAAUUGCUUAAAUCUGUACAUAUUAAUCACCUGGUCCUCUGAGUCCAGCCUUGUGAGUAGCUUCCUACAUCAAUACGUAAUAACUGAAAUAGGGAACUUAAUACAACUUUCAGGCCAACGGAACGUAAGCCACUAUUUCAUGUUAUUUGAGAGUUAGUUGUGAGCAUUCCCCUUUUAAAACUUAAAAACGGUUGCCCCGAGGAAAAGUACUUUUCAAAAUUCUGUCCAAAGGUGGUUAAGCGUUUGGUCUUUGGGUUUGCAUUUCAAAGGACAUUCAGAGACAGCAAAGUUAAUUGAUGUAGUUGAACUAUUUUGAGCAGUCAAGGGGGGGCUGGCUCUCCCUGCUGGUGAGUGUCCCCCCCCUUCACCCAAUCUCUGGCUUGUGUGAUGCUUUUUGGCAUUCUUAACCAACGUUGGGUCGUCCAGUUGAAUCUAACAGUUAAGUUGUCAUCGAAGGUGGAAACUUUAUUUUCAUUGUUUGACAUUUAUGCUGUAGUCAGUUGGCACAGGCUGUUCAAGCCCUAGAAAGUCAGGCUUAACUGAUGCUGAAUAGGUAUAUUCUGCAAUGUUUAUGGAAGAUG